AGGGCUUGAAAAAAAAAAGCAAGGUGAUUGGGGUGGAGUCGACACGACCUACUGUGCAGUCACAGACUCCAGUGGACUAGCUACUCACAAGUUUAGCAUUUUGCGCUUUGGUUUGGACAAUUGAAGGAAUCCCUGAAAAUAUAUAGUUUUAAACGUCACUAUCUAUUAUUUUGGAUACAUCAACGCCUUGCUACUUGUAACAACACAGCCGCAGCAUGGGGGCACCACCAACAGCGUACGACGAGAAGAAGGAAACAUGUGGGACCGUCUGUCUGAAGUACCUCCUAUUCACAUUCAACUUCCUUUUCUGGCUGGCAGGGGGCGUGGUGAUGGCGGUGGGCAUCUGGACGCUGGUGGAGAAGAGCGACUACAUCAGCCUGCUCUCCUCCGUGACCUACGCUGCCUCCGCCUACAUCCUUAUCCUAGCCGGGGCCAUCGUCAUGGUGACUGGAGUGCUGGGCUGCUGCGCCACCUUCAAGGAGCAGAGGAGGCUGCUGAGAGUGUACUUUGUCCUGCUGCUGUGUAUCUUCCUCCUGGAGAUCCUCGCCGGUGUCCUGGCCUACAUCUAUUACCAGCAGCUCAAUGAGGAGCUGAAACAGAACCUGCGGGAGACCAUGGUGCAGAAGUACAGGCAGCCAGAGCAGGAGCACAUCACCAAAGCAGUGGACAAGCUGCAGCAGGAGUUUAAGUGCUGUGGCAGCAACAGCUCGUCGGACUGGGGCGAGAGCGUGUGGAUCCGCACCAACGAGGCGGAUGGCAGGUUGGUGCCGGACAGCUGCUGUAAGACCCAGACGCUGGGCUGCGGCCACAGGGACCACCCAUCAAACAUCUACAAAGUGGAGGGGGGUUGUAUCACUAAACUGGAAAACUUCAUUUUGGACCACCUGAAGAUCAUUGGAGCGGUGGGCGUGGGCAUCGCCUGUGUACAGAUUGUGGGGAUGGUGUUUACUUGCUGUCUAUAUCGGAGUUUGAAGGCAGAGCCUUACUGAGAGUAGAACACGAAGAGAAGGAAAAGGGAGGGGUCUAGUCUUUGCCACCCAGUGUCAUCAUAUUCCAGCGACCCGUUUAGUCAUGGGGUCUACCACUGUGCCACGCAAACAGAAGAUGACAUGAUAUGAUGAUAUGACAAUGUGUGUAAUUGUCAAGGAUGCACUUAUGAUAGUGUCUCUUAAUCCAUUCCUUGGGGGGACCAUUUUGGUUCUAGCCUAGCACUAACUCCCCUGAUUCAACAAAUCAAGGGCCCCCCCCCCCAUAAAAUGGAGAAUCAGAUUUAUGCAAGCCGUUACAUGCUAUCGGAUCCACAAUGAUCUAUAUUUUGGUAGUGUGCAACAACAGAGCAGUUGGUGUAACCGAGUGUGAUGUAAAGAUCAGUGGACCAAAAUGGCCCGUGCAUGAGAACAGCUUGCCUUAACAUUGCAAUAUUCAUGACUGUGGCUUAAUGAGCGAGAACUGACCUCUGGGGCCGAUUACCAUAGCAACACGUUAUUUUUCAUCAAGUAGCUAUUUAUACAUCUACACACGCCUUUCACACUGUUUCUCUCAACUUUUUAAUUGUUAGUUUAUUUGAAUUUUUUAAAAUUUCUGUUUUAACUCAAGGGAUUUCUACACUUAUGCCAAAGUUGUCGUCAACACUGACUUUGUGUAACAUCAUAUCAAACUGACUACUCCUGCAUGCCUUUUUCAUGUAUACUGAACAAAUAUAUAAAUGGAACAAUUUCAAAGAUUUUACUGUGUUACAGUUCAUAGAAGGAAAUCAGUCAAUUGAAAUAAAUUCAACAGGCCCUAAUCUAUGGAUUUCACUUGACUGGGCAGGGGUGCAGCCAAGGGUGGGCCUGCACCCCUUCCUGCACCACUGGAGCCAGGUCCAGCCAAUAAGAAUGUGUUUUUCCGCACAAAAGGGCUUUAUGACAGACAGAAAUACUCCACCCCUCCCCCCUCAGACGAUCCCGCAGGUGAAGAAGCCAGAUGUGGAGGUCCUUUGCUGGCGUGGUCUGCGGUUGUGAGGCCGGUUGGACGUACUGCCAAAUUCUCUAAAACGAUGUCUUAUGGUAGAGAAAUGAACAUGUAAUUAUCUGGCAACAGCUCUGGUGGACAUUCCUGCAGUCAGCAUGACAAUUGCAUUCUCCCUCAAAACUGGAGACAUCUGUGGCAUUGCGUUGUGUGACAAAACUGCACAUUUAAAAGUAGCCUUUUAUUGUCCCCAGCACCUGUGUAAUGAUCAUGCUGUUUAAUCAGCUUCUUGAUAUGCCACACCUGUCAGGUGGAUGGAUUAUCUUGGCAAAGGAGAAAUGCUCACAAAAAGGAAUUUAAACCAUUUCUGGGCUCUUUUAUUUCAGCUCAUGAAACACGGGACCAACACUUUACAUGUACAUGUUUCAUUUUUAUAUUUGUUCAGUAUAUAUUCUGAUUGUCUUUGUGUGCCUUUGAAGAUACAUUUUUUUAUUAAGUUUUGCUUUUAUUCAAACAUUGAAUGUUAUUUUAUUGUGUAUUUAACAGACCAAUAGGAGGAUUUGUGUGCCUCAAAGACGCCACAAACGAAUAAACUGCUGUAUUUCUGUCGGUUUUCCUCUAUACAUGGAAGUAUUUAGCUGAAAUAAACACAAUUUAACCUGUUUGACUAUGUUUUCAGGUAAAUUAACAAGGUGUACAGUGGGGCAAAAAAGUAUUUAGUCAGCCACCAAUUGUGCAAGUUCUCCCACUUAAAAAGAUGAGAGAGGCCUGUAAUUUUCUUGCGUGGAGCCCCAGAUUGAGGGGGGUGCAGACAGGCUGAAAAGAUAGCAGUGGCAGCUGAACAGAUAACUCAUCCAAAGAGCUUUGACUUCUCAAACAUGGCGGAAAACCAACACAAUAUGAUUCCCCCGUCACCUUAUUAAUUCAGCCACUUAGAUAACUUAGUUUAACUUUCAGAAUUCUUCAUUUUUCAUGCAGGAAGAAAGAAUAUUAAACUCAUAAGAAAUAU